UCUCUUGCUCUCGCUCUUGCCACCAUGAUUAACACCUACCACACCAGCCUGCCUCCACCGCCGGUCCCACCCCGGACGGGCAUGCACCAUGCGGCGUCGGGCCGCACCAGCCCGCCUGUCUGGUUCUUUUCAGCCGUCUUGGUGGUCCAGAUGGUGCUGACCAUGGGAGGGUUCGUCUACCUGUUCAGGAAGAACAGCAUGAUGCAAAAUGAGUUCUUGGGCAGGAACUAUGACGACUUCAUAGUUCUCAAAAGACUACAGGAGUGUGACGAUGGAAGUCUGGACUCUAACUCGUUGUUGGACUGCAGGAAGAUCUUGGACAAAUUCAUGGCUGUGAUAUCAAAGAUAUCACAAGCUGGAGCUGUAGGAAAAGGUGCGCUGCUCUCGGGUUCGAUGCCCUUCCGUGUCUCUUCACCUGUGGCCCACAUGGUGCCAGAACGCCAGCCUCCCACGUCCAAAAUUGUGAUGUGGAACAGAGAUCACUCUCUGCUGGCAAAGGUGACCUACCUCUCUGGGCCGGGUGCACUGAAGAUUCUCCAACCUGGGAAUUACUACGUCUACUCCCAGGUCACCUUCACCAACACGAGCGCAACACAUCCGCUCGCCCACAGCAUAGUGCGCACGCGGACCUCUGGGGAAAAAACAGAUAUCUUACUCAGGGCCUACGCCAGCGUGAAGAGCAAAGACCAGCCGCCAGUAGCAACAUCCUUCCAGGGAGGGGUCUUCAAGCUGGAGAAGGACGAGCAGCUCUUCCUCAACGUGACGGACGUCAAAUCGCUAACCUUAGACGAGACUAGCACGACUUUUGGAUUAUUCAUGCUGUGAAUACAGUCGCCAAAAAAAACCAAAAAAACAAUCCCACUGUUAGAAUGUUGUUGUCUCCUGACGUAGAGGAAGACCUAUCAGACAGACGCACGGACACUGUUUAUGACAAAAAUGCAGUGAAUUUCCCCCACUGCAAUAAGGAUAAUGGGCAAAGAGUCAAGCCCAAGAUCAGCCUGGGGUUGGAGAUACAGACUUGCUGUGUGCUGAUUGGCUACGUGGGGCGUGGGAAACUUUACAAACAUGGACUCCUAUUGACUAAGGUAUCCUAAUAAGACCUAAUUAUCCUAUCCUAAUUAUAAUUUUGUUCUGUUUCAAUGUCAUAUCUCUCUUUUUAAUUACACUACAAUCCAGCUUCAUGCUGCACAGUCCAAAUUGUGGAAAAAGAAGUAUGCAUUUGUUUAUAGGUGCUGUGUUUCAGUUUAAACUGGGGAAAACCAUGGGUCAUUAGCACAAACUCCAAUCUCCAUUUUGAUGGAUAUUCACUGAUGCAAUUCAGGUUAAGUACCUUGCUUUAGGGGAAAAUGACAAUUUAACCUGCAUCCUGCAUGCACUGAUUCAAGCCUAGUUUCAAAACAGUAAAUUGAAGAUGCAUAUUUCACAUUAUUUCAUCAAUUGUUCAAAAUUCAACAGUAAUAAUUGCAGGACUUAAGUAUUGUAUUCCCAGGCAAGAUGCUAUUGGUCCUCCAUAAAAUGAAUGUAAUGAUAAUGUGCACAUGGGGUGGAGCCACAAAUACUUUUCAGCCACCCCCUUCCAAUUUCUUGUAUCUACUUGUAUUUAUAUAUAUUACUAUAUUUUAAAAACAAACAAAAAUGUAUUUAAAAUGCAAGGCUAAAGUCCAAAAUCAGUCCAAUAGCUAUUUUUCUUGAGAGACAAUAGUUGUUUUCCCAGAAUAUCUGUGGUAAGGAAUUUUAAAUGAAGUAUUUUAUAUAUUCAUAUAUUCAAUAAUUUGUAUUUUUUGUUGCUUGAAUAAUUUAUUCUUAGAUGUAUUAUAACAGAUUGCUGUUGUAACUGAACAUCUUUUAUUUAAAAUUUUUUCAUAUAAUAAUGUGUGUAUAUGUCUGUUGUGUUCAUUUACCAGUCUAUACUGGAAAAUCAAGUCAAAACAAGACUUCAUAUUCACAUUAUGUGCUUUGGUAUUUUGUGUAACAUGCACUAAAUAGAUAGCAAUAACAUUUUACCCAUUAGUAACCGCUUCCAUUUAGGAAAAAUAAUAAAGGUUUCAGGUAAUUGGGACUGCCACAAUGC